AUGAAGAGAACAGCUGAAGGGAAGGGUUUUGAGUCCCUUCUUUCACCAAAGACCUGGUCCCUCCUUGCAGAUAUGUUCGGUCAACCGAAGGAGAAAAUAGGAACAUGGGAAGGAAAACACUCAGAUGAAAUACUCAUUUUCACUCACAAGGAUUGUGAACAUCGGCCAAAGGUUGCUGCAUUCGAUAUGGAUGGAACCUUAAUAACAACCAAGUCGGGUAAGGUGUUCCCUGUAGACAAUUCCGACUGGAGGAUUAUGUACGAUAAGAUUGGACCUCAUCUGAAGAAAUUACACAACGAAGAAAAUUUCAAAAUUGUCAUCUUUACCAACCAAAAAGGCUUACAGACAGGAAAAGUCGAUAAAAAUGGUUUCAAGCGAAAAGUGGAGACGGUUAUCACGAAACUUGGAGUUCCAGCUCAGGCGUUCGUGGCUAUAGGCGAGGGACAUUAUCGUAAACCUUGUACCGGGAUGUGGAAAGAACUGGAAGAGGCAAAUGGUGAAAUCGGUAUCAAACUUGACGAAUCACUAUAUGUAGGAGAUGCGGCGGGUAGACACAAAACUAAGACUCGUCCUAAAAAGGAUCAUUCUUGCUCUGAUCGUUUCUUCGCAGCUAAUGUGGGGCUCACGUUCCAUACUCCUGAAGAGUUCUUCCUCGACCAGAAAACACCUGAACCUUGGGGACCACCUUCCUUCGAUCCAGCUGAGUUUUUCAGUACGAAAAGGCCCUUACUCGAACCAGAAGAUACUCCAUUGCCAUCACCAGCAAAAGAAGUAAUCGUGAUUGUCGGUUUUCCGGGAUCAGGGAAGUCGACAUUUGCUCGGAUGUUGGAGGUGGACCAUGGAUACAUGGUGGUGAAUCGUGACACCCUUGGCACUUGGCAGAAGUGUUGCGAACAUGCACGAGUUCAUCUCAGAUCUGGAAAGAGCGUGGUUGUGGACAACACCAAUCCAAAUAAGGAAUCAAGGAGUCGCUAUAUAGCAUUGGCGAAAGAGAUGAAGGUCCCCUGCCGAUGUUUCGCCCUUACUUGCGAUAUUCAUCAAGCCGAACAUAAUGUGAAAUACCGUCUCCUAACGCAAAAGUCUGCCAACGAAGUCACCGCAAUGGUACUUCGUAUGUAUGCGAAUAAAUAUGAGGUGAGUCCUUUACUAUCAGAAGGAUUCGACUCCGUGGUCCAUGUGAAUUUCGUGCCCAGUUUUGACAACGAAGAACACGAAAAGUUGUACAAGCAGUUUCUGUUGGAAAAGUGA